UUUAAUAUAUUUUUUAUCUCUGACAUGGCAAAGCCUCAAGAAAUACUCGAGGAAUCUAUUGAUCUGGCUCUAAAAUUAACUAAUGAGGACAGCAGGCGUGUUUUGGCGCAAAACCACAGAGAGCAGUGUGAUUGUUUUUCAGGAAAUAUCAUCCAGCAAUAAUCCUUUAAAGUUCCUUUACUCUGUCCAUGGCGCUCAGUUCUGACUUUUAAUUGACCUUUCUGCUGUUUCUCCUCCCAUAUGGUGUCAGGAUAAUAACAGACUGCUUUAUUGUUUUUAUAAAACAUGUGAGGAUCCUUUUUAUCACAGGGUUUUAACCCCUAAUGCCACUUAAUCAGUCCAUAAACUAAUUAAUCAAGAAAACAAUUGUAAAGCAAAUUGAAGAAUGUGCUGAAAACGAGGAGAAACUAAAUGAGAUUUUGCUUUUCAUUUAAAAAGAGACCUGUGGGUGGGAAACAAAACAUGACAUAGAAAAAUAACGAUUUUUUUUUUUUAAUAUCAUAGGAAGAAAAAUGAGAUCAUUUUCUCAUCUUGUAUUUAUUUACACAUCCGGGCAUCUCCGCGCUCCCUCCUUCUCUUGGUGGCGCGUUCAUGUCGCAUGGGAAAUAAGCUCUUCAGCAACAACAAAACAAUAACUUUGAGAGCUUUAUUUUUUAUGAAAAUAGAAUACAUUAUUUAAUUCGUAGCUUGCAGUAAAUCAUUCUCAACUUGGGCAAAGUUCACACAAAGACACUUUAUAUGUGAUGCACUCGAGUUUGUGAUUUACAGCAGAACAACACUGCAGGCAACAAGCAAGUGUUUCUGGAAGAUCCAAAAUAUCUUUUAUUAAAAUGUCUUCAGUGGAGAAGUUGGUGUUCAGUUGUCAAAUUAAACUACCUGAAACCUCAAUUAAACACACGCGGAAAUAAAAAAAAAACUCAAAGGAUCUUUUAUUUAUAGAAAGCAUGCAAAAGCAGCACUAUUAUGGUGUUUCUAUUUAAGCUGAACAACUAAGUAGAUCGUGAAGUUGGAGCCAAUGUAGAUUAUUUACAAUAAGAAUAGCUUAAAUUUUUAGUUGAGGUGACCUUUAUUGAUCAUAUUCGGGGAAAUUGAAGGGUCAGAGCAGCAAAAAGUAGGUGAACAGUUGCAUCCUAUGGAUAAGUAACCUUGAAAACUAGUAUACGAUAUAUUUGUACCAUGAGCAGCUAUGAGUCAAAAAUAAAAGUAAAAGGUAUUAAAUCUGUGGGGAAAUGCCCAUUACAGUGUCCUAGAUCAAAGGUGACUUAUAUAAAUGUUUCAUUUUGUUUGACCAACAACCCAAAACCCAGCAAUAUAUUCAGUUUAUUAUAAUGUAAGACCAAGAAGAACAGUAAAGCCUCAAAUUUGAGAAUCAGGAAUGGUCAAAUAUUUGGAAUUUUUGCUUGAAAUUUAGUUCAACGAUUAAUCGAUCAUCAAACUAGAGAAGGAAGUUAUGAUAAAUAACUAGAUAGAAAAAUUACAUGGGAGGGAAUGGAAGUAGAAAUGCUUGAAAACAUAUAAAAGAGUAAAAGAACUUCGAAUAAAACAUAAAAUAAAUGGAGCCAAAAAGAAAUAAAACCUUUUAUUUCCACCUGAAUAAUCCUCUCAACUUGGUUUCCAUCUUUCCCACGGGAGCCUGAAGGCAGCGCAGCAACCGAUUGGCUGGCCGAGCUGUCAAUCAAAGCUCCAUCUCCCUCCCACGUGGUGACGUUUCUUACCAAAGUAACCAGGCCAGUCUAUUACGCACACAAAAGACACAACAAAAGCCCGUGUUAGGAAAAAUGAGAUCCGUCAGCACCCAAAGGACACAACAAUAAGUUCCCAUCUGGCAGCAUCACCCAUGGACCAGAGCCUGGGACGACGACAAUCAUUAAUUUAACUUAAAGAAAAGAAAACAUCUCUCUCUUUCUUCAGCAAGCAGUUUUUCCUCCAAGCUGCGUUUUGCUCAGAUCUGAUCCAGGUGGUUUGAUUUUCUCCUGUGGUGUCUGUGUGGAGCGUGCCACACACCCACUCCACAACAACGACGGCUUUUGCUUGCAUCUUCCAGUGUUUCUUCUGUCAGCAAGUCCAGCAGAGCUGCAACUCUUCCAGUGCCAGCCCUGACACCAGCGAGGAGCCCUGCCCCACUGACAUGGUGAAGAUGACCAAGUCUAAGACCUUCCAGGCUUACCUGCCGACCUGCCAUCGCACCUACAGCUGCAUCCACUGCCGGGCGCACCUGGCCAAUCACGACGAGCUCAUCUCAAAGUCAUUUCAAGGCAGUCAAGGAAGAGCCUAUCUGUUCAAUUCAGUGGUGAAUGUCGGCUGCGGGCCAGCUGAGGAGCGGGUACUCCUCACAGGUUUACAUGCUGUGGCGGAUAUCUACUGUGAAAACUGUAAAACCACCCUGGGCUGGAAAUAUGAGCACGCGUUCGAGAGCAGUCAAAAGUACAAAGAGGGAAAGUUCAUCAUCGAGCUGGCUCACAUGAUCAAGGACAAUGGAUGGGAGUGACGCUCCGGCCGCUCUCUUUUCUUUUUCUGACCUUGGAAUGCUCUUUAUUGAACUGCGUGGAGCGACGACCAUCGACCCUCCCCUUCCAACAACCACUCCCUCAGAGAGAGAGAGAAAAAAACAACCCUCCUCCACCAUCCUCCACCCACUUGUCUCCUUUACGUGCACACACCCACCUGCUCAUCGUGAAACUGAACAGAACAAAUGAAACGAAAGAAAAAAGAAGAUAAAAAACGACGACUAGGAAAGUGGAGCGACUCUUGAAGAAUCACGUCACAGGAGUUUCUUUGUCGUCACUUUGAAGAUUCUUGCGUUCUCCUUCACAGCUCUGGAGCUUUUGGGUUUGACCCCGCCCCACCCACUCACACUCACCUCGCCUUCCCCCUCCCACCUCCACCCCCCACCGAACCACGCUUACAAGUGAUUGUGGUGAUAUGGCGACCACUGUGCAUAAGGAGAUAAACUUCACUGAAAGAACAUUACUUUGUUGUCCUUAUUCCGCCCGCCCAGCGAGGCGGACGACUCUGAUGACUUUGGUUAUUUUUAAUGUUAUUUGCGAUAGUUUUAACUUCUGGGUUUGGUAAGGUUUUAUGGUUUGAUGGCAGAUGGAUGUUACUGGUUAGCAUUUUAUUUCCCUGUCAAUUCUGUCAUGUUUUGUUUUGUUUACUUGUCGUUGGCUUGUCGUAUCUCUGCCUAUAGCUGAGCAUGCUUUUCUUUGCUAAUGUCCAAAUGAGCAAUCAGGGACGGGUGAGGAGCGGAGGGGAAAGGGAGUUUAUUGUAGUUACAAAUAUGUAGCAGCAUUUUGCUUUUUUGUGUGUUUUUUUUUUAAAUGGCAAAGGAUGGGAAUUGCAGUAGUGUGGGAUUUUAUACCUAAUAUUUUUUUUCUGUUUUUAUCUUUAUUCUUUCUUGUGAAUUUCCAUUAUUUCCCCCCUUCUGGUACUUCUCAGCACUCAAAAAAAGCAUUGAAAGCAGCACCUAGUAUUUGUUUGAUGUAAGUAUAUAUAUAUAUAUAUAUAUAUAUAUAUAUGUAUACACAAACAUAUAUGUGUAUAUAUGAAUAUUUGUAGUGUUUGGCUAAAUGCGAUUGUGGCUGGUCCCAUUUUGCAGCAGAAUCAUAAAUGAAAGAAACGUGAAAAGGAGCAGAAAUAGUUUCUAGACUGGGGAACCUGACAUCAGUGUCCACUUGUCAUAAAACAUUAUGGCAGACUGUAUUAUUCCAUUGUUUAGUAAUGAAAUAACAAAGAGACACAGCUACAGCUAUAUAUAUAUAUAUAUAUAUAUAUAUAUAUAUAUAUAUAUAUAUACACACACACACACACAUACUAUGAUUACAUAUCCAUAAAUACUAUGAAAAUGUUCGUAGUACGUAGAUAUUGGAACAUGGAUUCUAUAUAUUUGCUGUCAUGCACAUAUGUAUAUAUGCAUAUGACUGUGUGUAUAUAUGCACUGUGUGCGGUCAAGCAUUACAUAGUGGCAUACUUGAACAACGCUACUUCGUUUGCACUUUGCAGAGGCCUUCGGUUCAUCUCAGUUUAGAGGCAAAACAAAAUUUGCUCGCUCUCGUCUGUUUUAAAAAAAAUUUCUUAAAAAAUGGCCUUCUCACAGAUGAACGACAGAUUGUUGGAGACGGAGAGAGAAAAAUUUUGAGCUUUGACGGUUUGAGGGUUUCGUUGACUCUUAAGGGACUGUAGUGUGUUUAGCAGCUUUCUGAUCAUUUGGUUUGACGUCAACAAAUUCUGCUUUUCCUCUCAGUUUCAGCUCGAUUUCGGAGAGAAACAUGUAGUUUCCGAUUCUUUGCUACUGUCCUAGAAAUCCCGCCAUUUCCUCCCCCUCGUGUAGGUCUUUUGCACUUUAUGCUUAUCCGUCUCUCUCUCUCUUUUAGAGCGUUUGAAUUGUCUCAUUGUGGAUGCUGUCUGCGAUUUGCCUCUAAGCCGUAUGAAUCUUGUGCCUCUUCAAAACAUAAACGGCCUCCCCUUUUUUUUUUUUUUUCUGUUGUGCAGUGCAUAACUCCGAAAACCAUGUGAACCGAUGUGUCUUCCCCCCCCUCCACCUCUUCUGGUUCAAAGUGGCCCUCGAAAUAAUGAUAUUCACCAAAAUCCUCAUAGAGCUCUGCCCUGUUAUUUUGGACAACAGAGACUUGGUAUAAAUAAACGCAUAUAUUUUCUAUGUUAAGAUUUAGAGGUGCAAAAACAGAUGGAUAUUCAGUAUAUUAUUUCUAGAAGCAUAGAGGAAGGAGGUGUGGACUGUGAGGGAGGCCCAGGGCUUGUUGUUUGACUUUUUUUUAUUGGAAGGAUAAAAAAAAAGAUGGCAGCAGGUCAAGUUGGGGCAGGGUGAGAUGGGAUGAGAGAGAUUUAAAAAAAAAAUCAGCAGUGAUUGAUUACUUUGCCGGCAAGGUCAGUCAGAUCACACGACCUUUUAUCCUAAAAACAAUGACAAUGCAAACCCUUAAUAGUCAGCAGUGAUACCUACUUGAAAAUAUAAAGGCGUAAACAGCUGAGAUAUUGGCCCGUGUUACAGUUUUUGUACAUAAAGUAACAUAUUUAAGGUUUUAUACGUAUUUCUACUGGGUUAGUUCUUUUACUUCCCCAACUUGAAGCACUUUUGUUCACUGUACCUCUGGCUGUGUGCGUGUGUGUGUGUGUGUGGGUGUGUGUGUGUGUGUGUGUGUGUGUGCGUGUGGGUGUGUGUGUGUGUGUGCGUGUGGGUGUGUGUGUGUGUGUGUGUGUGUGUGCAUGCAUGUGUAUUAGCCCACAUGCAUGCCUGCACACCAAAGUGAACGUUUACUUCCUUUUCCUCAGACAGUUUUAUUUCUCUUUUUUUCCCUCUCUUAUGUUUGGAAAUCUUUUUUUUUUUUGUCCUGUUUUCUUUUACAGCUGUUUGGUGUUACUGUCUCUCCCAGUGAUCUGAGAGGUCGAGAGCCAGGUUAGUUUGUUUGGAAGUGAUUUAUCCCCAUUUUGUUUGGUUUGUUUUUUCUGUUAGCUUGUUUAUUUAGCUUGUGUGGUGAGAGCCCGUUAGAGGGCCGGUGUUUAGGUCUCUGCUGAGCCAUGUAGACGUUGAGGGCGAGCUGGAAUCUCCCACCAUGUCGCAGGGAGAGCCUUUACAAAACCCUUUCACCACCACAGUCAGUGUCUCCUGUAUAGAGGGCUUUCAGACUGAUGAAAUGCGCCCUCUGGCAGCCACGUUGGAGGUCCUGAGCUAUUGGCAGCGCUGGCUGUGAAUAUCUGAUUGUAUUUCAUGAGAACUUUCUCAUUUUUGUGCUGGUUUGACGGAAAAUUAACUGUUAUUUCUCUGAUCUAUCUGAUUUGAUUGAUUUUUGUGAUUAUGUUAGUUUCUUUGCUACAUCCCAGUUGUGGGGCUGCACCAAGAUUCCUUCAAAUGCAGGUUUCUCUUGCCCUUAUUUGCAGUAUUCGGUGUCCCACAAUCCACUGCACAUCCCUUGUUUAAAGAGCACCUCAGCAGCCAGAGAGGACACUGAGACAAAACCUUUCAGCCUAGUGUUAGGUUAACUCUUUAAUGGUGCAUUCAAGUGGUCUUCGUCAGUUCGUUAAUUCGGGAACUAUGACGUGACCUCAUCUGUGUUCCUGUGGUCAUCGGUGCUGGUAAACCGGCUACAUUUCAUGAACAGGAGUUUACUGCUUGGUAUCCACCACUCUGUCGGCCAUUUCCUGGUGAUAAACUUGAAAGCUGCUGAGACUGAAAGUUCAUUCUUGGCCUUGGAAACAACAACUGACAGAAUAAUCUUCGUACCAAGGUCCAUUUGGUAGCUGUUUCGGAGCGUUAGGUCAUAUUACAUGAGUCGCUCAGAAAUGGAACUGUAGAUGUUCAAAGUCUUCAAGACUUUUUUUCCUGAGCACUUUUUUGUGUUUGCUUAGAAAUCUUUAAAGUGCUCAGAGGAAUAGAAAUGUGAACAUCUAUCGCUCUGUGACAACUGUGCAGCUCUGAAAGGUGUUGACUUUAGAAGCUGUUGAGGAUCACCUGAAUGCACCAUUAUGGGAGGAUGUUGGUCCUCCAAGAGACACACUUUCAAGUGCUGUUAAGGUUGCAGCUCCUGAACUGGGAUGAAGCUCUUUGCAUCAACACUAACAACAAUCAAAACCUUGAUGUUUGUCCCAAAUCCAUAGAGACCACAGCUAAAUUUGGAAUCUGAUCUACCUUAAUAUGCAAGUCGCGAUUACCAACCAGGCAAGGCGGGGAACUGCAGAGGGGCUCCAGACUCCUAGGGGGCCCUAAGAGCCCCAGGUUCAUUCCAUAUUAUUUGGGUCUACAUACCUUGAUUAAUCGCAAAUUUGUCCAAAAUUUGAAACUAUGACUGGUCCUCCAUCUGGUCUAAAAUGUUUAAGCUCGAUAUCAUUUUGUCAGAUUGCUUCCAUUUUUUCUGCAUGUCAAGUAAUUAAUACACAGAAAACCUCAGGCCAUGCAGCAUUAAUCUAUUGUCUGACAACAACCUUUUAUUUUUAUUAUCAAUACAUCUGACAGUUAUUUUCUUUAAUGAUUGUCUGGUGUAUAAAAUGUGAGGAAACAGUGGAAAAGGCCCAUUUUUAUUUCCUGAAGCCCAAGUUAGCAUAUUCAGAAAGAUAUUAGAUUUAUUAUCAUAAAAAAAAAACUAUGAAAAUAACAAAUAUUUAUAUUUAAGAAGCUGGUACCAGUGAUUUGUUUGGCAUUGCUUAAAAAUGGCUGAUUAAAAAAACAAUAAAUAACUAAUCAAAAUUGUGUCCACUAGGGGCCCAACAACAAGUCUUUGCCCCAGGGCCCCUAAGACGAUAAUCCUGCCACGUUACCAGACCAUUAAUGUCUACUUAAAUCGUUACUGAGUGGGCCUACACUGGUCCGACUUUCUUCUCAUUACACGCACACAGCCAGUUUCUCCCAAGGGCCUCCAACGUGGCACCAGCAGUGGUUGCUGGGAGAUUUGUGACCCGGCUGCAGAUCCUCUAUACACUCCCUUCAAUCAGUCAGUCCAAGUUGAACCAGCAAAAAGCAGUUGCCAGUGUCACCGCCAGUGUGUACCAAAUAAGAACCAGGUUCUAUCGAAUGCGUCAGUGUCAUGUGUUAGACGGCAGGAAGGAAGCCAGGGGUUAUGUUCGAGUGUCUCCUGGAGAUUCAACUGUUAAACCAAAAUUAAAGAGGAGAAAUCCUGUCACUAAUGACAUUGUCUUUCUGUAGAAUGUUUUGAUUCUCUGAACUUAAUAGCGUCAAAGCAGCCUGGAUGAACAGUGUAGAUACUUGCUGCUGAAUACUGUUUACUUUUUAUUGUUAUUUUUGUUUUAUUGUGACACUGGCUACCUACUUUUUGAGCUCUGUUACUGUCUAAAACAUACCUGAAAGGAUGUUGAUCAAAGGCAAGAUGGUUAUACAGGGGAAAAGACUGUACAAGUUCUUUUCUUAGGACUGUUAAAAUACAGUUUAAGGUCUAAAGCAUGUUGUAUUUAUAAUGGCUAUAUGUCGUGCCUGUUUUAUUAUUAUUUUUUCCUAAAUUUAAAAACAAAAAUAUUAUAUGCUUUUUAUUUGACUACAUUGCUUUGCAUUCUGUCUUAGUAAAGCCAUGUCACAUGUCUGUUUUCACUCUAAUGUAAACUAUCAAAUAUCACAAUAAAUUUUCAAUGGCAUUAAGUUGUG